GUGAAUCGACCAACGCUCUCCUUCUUCUUCUCCACUCUCAGUAGGAUCAAGUAGAAGAGCAAGUCGUGACCACGAUUCUCAACCACGUGGAUUUUGCUCGUCGCUCCGCUUUCGUUUGUUGAGUUUGGAGGGUUGGACGGCCUACGGAAAAUAUACUAAAAGGACAUUGAUUUUUUAUUUACAGCAUCGCUGAUCCAGUUGCCCAGUGUAAAUAACAACAAAAUAAAAAAGAAAGCAACUCGGACAGCUCCAUCCUCACUUAUUGUAAUAGAUGCCGCCGACGCUCCAGUCGCAAGUCGUCCAAUUGCACCGGGCCCCGGACUCGGCGACGGCGUCCGCAUCCCCGACUCCCCGUCGUUCAUUCGAUGCUCCACCUACACCCGCACCUACAGGCCCUCUCCCUCCUACACCGACCAGUUCACCAUUCUCGUCAUUGUCCCCGUCCGUCGUGAGAGAAUGGGACGAAAAGUUGGUCGGAUUCUGGUUGAUUGAGAAUGGAUUCGAGCGGUUUGGUCCCGCAUUUGCUGAUAAUCACAUUACGGGACAAGCACUCCUCGAACUCAACUAUGAUACACUAAAGGACAUUGGUGUCAUGUCUGUUGGCGACCGGGCGAGAAUACUCCAAGCUAUCAAAAAACAGUUGAGAGGACCGCGAUCCGUGCCCCAGGGUUCAUCCGGCAUGCUUCGUUCACCUUCCCCUGCUUCCGCACCACCAGCACUCUCCUCUUCACCUAGCCGAUCCUUUAUGUGGGACCGGACCCCAACCUCUGUCCCUGGAAAAGCCCCCUCGCCCUCCCCGUCGGUGCCAAUAAGUUCAACGACCGCACAACAUCCUACCCUGUCCAAAAGCUUAGAACGAGGCAUGGCCUCCCCGCUGGGCCCUCGUGAUGGAGAAGAGAUGCCUGUACCACGCAGUGACCCCCGUAUUUACGCUCCCAACCCCGAACGUACACCCCUCAAGCCUGGAUUCUCGCUCCCAGAUGUUUUGGGCGACAUUGCCGGCCGAGUCCCUAAACGCAAAGGGUCCCUGACGGGAGCGGCCAUGGCAGUGGACAGGGCAAGUCCAUCCCCACUCAUCAUCACUCCCCGUUCAUCGUCGAUCAAGAGCGCGACACUCGAUCGAUCCCGGCCCGUACAAUCGAAUUCUGCUGCGAAUAAUGGGAGUGCAAGUGCGGGAUUGGAACGACCUUCUGGGAGAGAGGAUGGGAUGCAAGGAUCACCACAAUCUCCUUUUGCAGAGUUGUUCAAAUUUGGAUUCUCCGGUCCUGCAUCUGGUGAUGAUGAAAAGAAACAUGUGCGUGAUAAUAGUCUGUCACGGGAUAAGGGCGGAAACAAGGAUUUGAUGAAUGUGGAUCAAAUUCUAGCAAGAUGCAUCCGAGUCAACGACAUUGAUAAUCAGUCCCACAUUAUUGACGUGGCAGAUUUGCCAGACGUAGGAGCCAUUAAAACUAGAAUAUUUAACAAGUUUGGUAUCAAGGAUCCUCGGGAUCGUGAACGCUAUGCGCUUUUUGCUCCAGAUUUGGUCUUGGAGGAUGAUCAAGAGCUGUAUCGACUGGACGACGAAGAACUCUUUCGUAUCUGCAAGUCACGCGAUAACCCGGUCAAAGCGCAAAUCCAUCUCCACAUGUUGACUCAAGACGGCAACAUUGUCUUGAAAGGCGCCGACACUCUUCCAUCCCGAACCCCCACCCUUUCACGAACCGGAUCACAAGAGUCUCUCGCUGUUGACCGACAAAUCACCAAACUACAACGAUUUUUCGGUGAGCGGGCCCCUCCUGCGCCGUCCUCAGGCCAAGGGACACUCAAACGCUCCGAUCUUCAACAACAGUUUCCACAGCCAUCGACGCCAUCUCCAUCGGCGAGCAACAUACCCGUACCCAGUACACCCCCACCCCAACGCUCAAAGAAACUCCAAAACUUUUUCGGCGAGCGUCCACCGGAUGAACUCAUUGUCGACCACCUCGAGCAAUACUUUCCCGGCAUUGCACGUCGAGCAGCCGCACCCGCUCCAACACCACCCUACACGAUCCCCCCACAAACACAAAGCGGCGUCCCUGUUGUCGUUCCACCCCGACGGGACGCCAGCCGGGAACCGAACCGGGAUACCAUAAAGAGUAAAGUCCAUGCCGCGAUGGUCAACAAGCGCAUGUCCAAAGUCGCGAAUCGGCGAUCAGCGUUUUAUUCGCGACGUGGAAGCGAAGGGGCUGGACGACGAACCAGUCAGUUUAGUCAGGUUUCGAAAAAAAAACCGGUUCAAGUCAUUCCGGAAGAAGAGGGUACUGAACCCGUACGCAAACCACCUGUUUCUGAACUUGAUGUCAAGGAUGAAUCGCUUUUGGGGUCGUCAUGGGGCCGGGAGGCUUUGGCGUCUUUGGCAUCUGUCUCGUCACCUUCUUUGGAUGGUAUGGAGGACCUUCCUUCCCCUCAACCACCCAUACCAUCUAAAGAGGACGCCACACAAGAAUCCGCAGAUAAACCUCUGCCCGCUACUCCUUCUCCCCCCCUCACGACACCCAAAGCACCCACACCACCCCCUCAAAUCCGAUGCGAAUUGGGUCGCCUAAUCGGUCAAGGCGCAUUCGGCAAAGUCUUUAUCGGCCUCAACCUCGACACUGGAGACCUCAUGGCGGUAAAACAAGUGGAACGCGCCAUCCUCUCUGAAAAGAAAUCAACCGACCCAACCGGUAAAAAAAAAAGAGAAGAAGCCCUCCGCCGCGAAAUUGACUUUUUAAAAGACCUUGAACACGACCAUAUUGUUCGAUACCUUGGUUCCGAAAUCACCGAAACGAGUUUUAAUGUCUUUUUAGAGUAUGUUUCUGGUGGGAGUAUUUCGAGUUGUUUGAAUCGCUAUGGAGCUUUUGAGGUCGAGUUGGUUCGGUGUAUGACUGCGCAGAUUUUGAGUGGGUUGGAGUAUUUGCAUGAGCAGAGUAUUAUUCAUCGGGAUAUCAAGGGGGCCAAUAUUUUGGUGGACACGGACGGAAUCAUCAAAAUCUCCGACUUUGGCAUCUCCAAAAAAAACGAAUACCGCGAAGCCUACCACCGCGUGACUCGCAUGUCCAUGCAAGGCUCCAUCCCCUGGAUGGCACCCGAAGUCGCUCGGGGCAAGGGAUAUUCCGCCAAAGUCGAUAUCUGGUCUCUAGGCUGCCUCGUCCUCGAAAUGCUUACAAACACAACACCAUGGCAUAAAGUCCGUGGUAACGUUAUUUAUUUAUUGGGAACGGGUAAUGCUCCGCCAUUACCCUCUGGACUCUCUGAAGAUGCUGUGGUGUUUAUACAAAAGUGUUGGACGAUUGAUCCGGAUUUACGACCGACUGCUACUGCGUUGCUUUGUGAUGAGAGUUUUACGGAUGUUGAGGAUCCACUUGGGUUUGAUUUUCGGGGCUGGGCGGAACGGGUUGGUGAGCGGCGGGUUCAGGAUGAGACUGAUGAUGAAGAGAGUUUUGUGUCGUUUGAUUCGGUUUCGGUUGUUACUGGGAUGGAGGCCAGUGUUGUUCAAGUAGUGGAGGGGGAGGAAGAAGAAGAAGAAGAAGAGGUUGUGUUGGUUGUUGAUGAUGAGGAGGAGGAAGGGGAUGAGGAGGGGUGGAUUCAAGGAGGGACGAGUGUAGAGCACGAUGAAUGACAAGAAUUCUUUUUUUAUUUUUUUUUGUGCUUCUUGACCAAUAUUUAUAAGAAUGGACAUGUGCAUUUCUUUGAGACAAAAAU